GCGGCCGCCGCGAUGUGAGCCGGGGAGGCGGAAGGCGCUGCCCGCAUGGCCGCGGGGGGCGGCGGCAGGAAUGUGCCCCUGGGCAGCGGCCCCCGCGACGGCAUGAGGCGGGAUGGCGGCGCCGAGCCGUACUGGUCCAGGCGAAGGCAGGGUGAUCCAGUGUUUGGAGCAGACUGGGACACCUGGGGCAGUGCUACUCCUCUCUGCCACCCUGGGGAAGUCAUUCAGCACCAAGACCUCAGGAUCAGCCCCUUCUCCCAGCUAAGGCCCGAGUCCCGUGUGUGGACGGUGAUGCUGCUGCUGGGGACGUGCCUGCUGUACUGUGCCCGUGUCACCGUGCCCAUCUGCGCUGUCGCCCUCAGCUCCUACUUCAACUGGGACAAGAAGCAGUCCGGCGUCGUGCUCAGCAGCUUCUUCUGGGGCUACUGCUUGACACAGAUUAUUGGAGGACACAUCAGUGAUCAAAUAGGAGGUGAGAAAGUCCUCCUGCUUUCAGCAUCAGCCUGGGGGUUCCUCACAGUCCUCACCCCACUGCUCACCCACAUCACUUCAGCCCAUCUGGUUUUUAUGACCUCCUCUAGGUUCCUCAUGGGGCUGCUGCAAGGAGUGUACUUCCCAUCUCUGGCCAGCCUGCUGUCCCAGAGGGUCCGGGAGAGCGAGCGAGCCUUCACCUACAGCACAGUGGGGACUGGAUCCCAGUUUGGAACGCUGGUGAUUGGUGGUGCAGGAUCUCUCCUCCUGGACUGGUACGGCUGGGAAAGUGUUUUCUAUUUCUCUGGUUUGCUCACUUUGCUCUGGGUUUAUUGCACCUGCAAAUACCUCCUGAGUGAGAAAGAGCUCAUCAUCCCCAUAGACUAUUUAACGAGAGGCCUCUCGAUAUCCAAGCAGACCAAAGUUCCCUGGAAGCAGCUGUUUAGGAAGGCACCGAUCUGGGCUGUCAUCAUCGCUCAGCUCUCCACGGCCAGCACGUUCUUCACUCUCCUCUCCUGGCUGCCAACUUUCUUUAAGGAAACUUUUCCCGGCUCAAAGGGUUGGGUGUUUAAUGUAGUCCCCUGGCUGGUUGCAAUUCCGACAAGCUUGUUCAGUGGAUUUCUGUCUGAUCAUUUAAUCAAUCAAGGGUACAGAACCAUCACCAUUCGUAAGUUCAUGCAGGUCAUUGGCUCUGGCGUCUCAAGCAUUUUUGCUUUGUGCCUGGGCCAGACCUCCAGUUUCUGCAAAGCAAUAGUGUUUGCCUCAGCCUCAGUUGGACUGCAGACCUUUAACCACAGUGGCAUUUCAGUAAAUGUGCAGGACCUGGCCCCCUCGUGUGCUGGCUUGCUGUUUGGGGUUGCAAAUACAGGUGGAGCCCUCCUAGGGGUCAUUUGUGUGUACCUGGCUGGAUACCUGAUCGAGACCACUGGCUCCUGGAUUUCUGUUUUCAACCUGGUGGCUGCUGUGAACAGCAUUGGGCUCUGCACAUUCCUCCUGUUUGGAGAGGCCCAGAGGGUGGACACAGACUCUGUGUAUGUGGAUCUCUAGGGAUGAGCUCAGGAAGCAGCUGAAGGACAGAAGAGUGUCACAUCUAUGGGUCAUUCUUGCACAAGUGCCAAAGAACUUUUUUUUUUUUAGGUGUUUUUAACAGGAAAAAAAAAUGCUGAAACCAAGUACAUAAUGGGUCUGGAUGAAACCCAUGGGAGGAAAGAAAUUUAGAGUUCAUUUUUUUGCUCAGGGCUGUAGCUGGUAGCUUGCAGAGCCAUCCAGCUCAACAUCUCCAGUGAGGAUACGGUCUGUGGGACCAGUUUGUCCCAGUCUGUGUCUAGUGGACAAAUAGCCUUGUGGCCAAAGCAGCUGACCUGGCCUGUCUCCCAAGGCUGCUGUGGUUCCAUUCCCUCCCGAGGGGAGCUGCUGCUCUAUGUGGGAGUGGGGCCCCCACGCUCUGCUGUCCUGGGACCGCCUGGCUCUGGAGCUGCUGUGCCACCAGGUGUCCUCUGAACAUCCCAACGAGUACCUCUGACCUUAACCCCCGCACGUGCCUUCAUUCUGCAGCCUGCUCGGCAGGUACCAGCCAGGAUUCCAGGGCUGUGAGAUGAAUUCCAGGCUUCCCUUCAGGGAAUGUGUGCCCUGGACCCGGGGCCAUGGGGCUGUUUCAGUACUGCUGUCACGGAGCUGGGAGGCUCCAAGCCAAGCCUGGCUUUGCUCAAGGGCUUGAGGUCUCCCUUCCAUCCCUGGUGGGUUCACCCCAGCCCUGAGCCCAGGUGGACCAGCUCCACCAUGAUAGCAGAGCUAAGCUGUCCCCCGGGGUCAGGCUUAGCUGGGCUGACCUUGCCGUGCAGCAACAGCUGAGGAAUCCCCCUGGAGCUGUUUUGUCAGAUGCUGUGAAUGUAUGGGAAGAACCAGUCACACUCUGUGCUGUGGAUCUACAACUCCCAAAUGCUUUCUGCAUGAUUAGAUGUUCCCUCCACAUGCUCACAAAGGGCCGAGGGAGACUUUCCAAAGAGCUUGGCAUGGGCAGGUUUUGUUUCUGUGUUAAGCAUAAAUCAAAUUUCUGCAUUGGGCAUCUACAAGGAUGUGGAUCCCUGUGGUUCCCUGUGUCAGAGGGAAAUACUUGGCUGUAGACACCUCUGAGCCUGAAUGUCUUAAGUUAUUUAUAAAUAUUUUAAAAUUUAAGCACCAAAUCCUGUAUUUAUGUACUUGAGGCCUGAUUCUGCAUGCUUGUUUUGAGUGGUAUUCCCACCAAAUCCAACACUCCUUUCUCGAAGGGGACGAUCUACCAGCCUCCAGUGUUUGGUUCUGGGGGAUCAAUGUUAAAUGUGAAUUUCAUAUUAAAGCAAUUCAUUGCCUCUUCUCCCACCCCUUGCUUGCAGCCCUAAAGGAUCCCUUGGGUUUCUCUAGUGCUUACCAGAAAAUUCCGACUGAGGAGCAGAUUGCCCAAGGACCUUGCAAUGCAGGGAAAACUAUAGGUUCAGGUGAAACACACCACCCCCCCCCCCCCCCCCCCCCCCCAAUUAUCUUCUUCCUCACCUUUUGUUUUGGCCAAAUUUCUUCUUGGAAGACUGUUGGAGCCAUGCAAAGUUUCUGAAUAGCCUGGCUUGUAGUGAAAAUACUGACAGCCUUUUAAUUGCAGAGACACUAAUGGGUAUCGCUAAGCUGAGCUGAGCCCCUUACCGGGCAGAUUUAGAGAUACGGAUGCAGCUGCCUGAUGUCUUCCCAAGAGAAUAGAGAAUCAAUGUGGCCUGGCUGGGGACAGAAAGAUAAGAAAGUUUUGGGUUUUUUUUUUUCCUGCUUCUGUGCUCUUUUUUGUCUAAAAGGCUGUUUGCUGCCAUAGGCACUGUAUCGGGGUGCUGCAGUGCUGCAGAGCCAGGACCCAGGAAGGCUGCUGGGAAGUCUUUAAAUCAGUGGGUAAAUUGGGAAGAACACCCAGUAACAACAAACACAAACACAGCCAGGCUUGCCAAGGAGGCCCGAGGCUGUGCAGCCUUCUCUGUCAGCUUGUCCUUUGUCCAGUCUGAGCAGAUUGCUUGCAUGGCCUUUUCUGCAGUGACACAGAAAAAAAAACCUCCUGGGUUUUGUGAGGUUUUAGAGUAUCUUCCCUGGCCGUUCAGAGCUGCAGGUCAGGAGCACAAGGAGUCAAUUCUGCUUCUCUUUGCUGGUUGCACCAUUUCUUGUGGAGGAGUUGAUGAGUUUAAAUCACUCACAUUUGAAUCAGGCUGCUUGGCCACCCCUUGGAUCUGCCAGCUGGGAAAUUCGGAACUGAUCUUCAAAGGAAAGUGGUUGGCUGUGGCUUCUCUGUGAAUCCAGCUAACAUUCCAGUGAGCUGUCCAAGUUAUCUGUCUCUGUAACUGGCCAAUAAGUUAAAUAUUUGACCUACACUUGAGGCUGAGGUUUCAUGAUCAUCAUACCUCCUUGGUGAAGUAUUGAUUUUGCAUAUCUGUACUGUUAUUUGUUUAAGCCAAAGCUUGUGGUCUGCGAGUUUUUGUUAUGGAAGGACCUAAAAAAAAUAAAGGCAGCAACUCAUUUGCAAA